AUGCCGCGCCAGUUUGUCCGCCUGGCCGACCGCUUCUCCAUAUCUCCACCCUCGACAUACAUCGACAAGCCCUUCCUCUCCCUCCUCCCCGAGUCCAUAGGCGCGGACUCCAAACUCGAGUACAAGCAGGUCAACUUGGGCAACGUCGAAAAGCAUGCCGAGCUGUUCAAACUCCCAAAGGAAUGGAAUGGCAGGGAACUGUAUGGGGACGAGGUGGAGAAGGGAUUUGAUGUGGUGUUUGAUCUGACUGGGGAUACGAGCUUUGACAAGCCAGAGCUUAUCCAAAUCUCCCACACCUACCAAGUGUCUUUCUCUCUCUCCACCUCCGCCGCCGCCCUCUCCCCAUCCCUCAAACCCAAAGCCUACGUCCGCCUCACCUUCCCCUUCUACGAGAUGAAGAACCUCCCCUCCUCCUCUCCUGGCCACAAGGAAGAAGCCGACCUCAAGCCCGACGGUGUGCGGGGUGUGUGGUGGCAUGAAGUCCUCCGAGGGCUGGGCCGGUUGGCCAAGAAGGAAGCGAAUGGAGAGCUUGGGGGGCUGAAGGUGGGUGUUGUGAGGUGUGGGGCUUGGUAUGGACGGGGGACUUGGGAUGGGGAGGUUGUGCCGAGGGUGGUCGCUGGGCAUGUUUACCAGUAUCUGAAGGAGGAGAUGAAGUUUCUGUACAAUUCGGACCUCCGAAUCAACACUGUCCACUCUUCAGACAUCGCCCAAGCCCUCUACCUCCUCGCACUCUACCUUCUCCAAACCCCCUACGCCACCAUCCUCCCCUCCUCCCCUUCCAUCCCCUUCCCCUUCGCCCCACCCUCCUCCGGCAACUCCAUCUUCUCCUCCAACUCGAAACGCAGCAGCUUGUCUGAAACAUGGAAGACAGUCUCCACCAUCGUGCCUAAAGAAGAAUCAGUCCGCCUGCCGCUGUUCAACGUGGUUGAUGAAGCCGAUUCGACGCAGGGCAGUUUGGCGAAAGUUGUUGCCGAGACGUGGGGGAUCAAGUUUGGAUUUUUGAGCUCGACGGUGGCUACUUUGGUGCAGCAGUUUGCCAAGACUGAUUUCAGUGAGAUGGUGGAGGAUGUGAAUGAGAUGCACGUGCAAGCAUGGUCCGACAUGCUCUCCAAAUCCAACCCGCCUAUACCUUCAUGUCCCAUCACUCCAUACCUGGACGAACACGCUUUCAGAAAGCGCUCGAUUUGCCUCGACGGUUCUUUGGCAAAGACCACUUUGGGCUUCAAGCCGGCCCACCCCACAGUUGACGUCGGCGAGAUUAAAAAGAUUGUCAAAGAGUUCCAAGACGACAACCUCUGGUGA